AUGCCGCGCGCGCUGCAGUGCCGGGCGGUGCGCUCCCUGCUGCGGAGCCGCUACCGGCAGGUGCUGCCGCUGGCCACCUUCGUGCGGCGCCUGGGGCCCGAGGGCCGGCGGCUGGUGCGGCGCGGGGACCCGGCGGCCUUCCGCGCGCUGGUGGCCCAGUGCUUGGUGUGCGUGCCCUGGGACGCACAGCCGCCCCCCGCCGCCCCGUCCUUCCGCCAGGUGUCCAGCCUGAAGGAGCUGGUGGCCCGGGUCGUGCAGAGGCUCUGUGAGCGCGGCGCGAGGAACGUGCUGGCUUUCGGCUUCGCGCUGCUGGACGGGGCCCGCGGCGGGCCGCCCGUGGCCUUCACGACCAGCGUGCGCAGCUACCUGCCCAACACGGUGACCGACACGCUGCGCGGCAGCGGCGCGUGGGGGCUGCUGCUGCGCCGCGUGGGCGACGACGUGCUCACCCACCUGCUGGCGCGCUGCGCGCUCUACUUGCUGGUGGCCCCGAGCUGCGCCUACCAGCUGUGCGGGCCGCCGCUCUAUGACCUCUGCAGCGGCGCCGCGGCUCGGCCCGGACCCGCGGGCGGCCCCCAGGCAGGCCUCGGACCUACGCGCCAAGCCCGGAACGACGGGAACGCUGGGGGACCCUGGGGGCUGCCCGCCCCGGGCGUGAAGCGGCGUUGGGGCAGCGCAGAGGGUCGUCCGCCUCCAGCCAAGAGGCCCAGGCGCGCUUCGAGGCCAGAGCGAGGACCCAAUGGGCAGGCGUCCGGGGCCCACCUGGGCAGGGCUACUGGACCUAGCGACAGCGACCCCCGCGCGGUAACAGAGACCAGAGCUGCCGCGGAAGCCGAGUCUCAGGAGGAUGAGGUGCCCCGGACCCGUUGCCCCCUCCCGCUGGCGGGUGGCGAUUGCGGUGCAGGCUUGGCAUCCUGGCAGCAGUCACAUCCCCAGGGCGUGCCCGGUCCCCGAGUGUGCGUGGAGACCAAGCACUUCCUGUACUGCCCGGGGAGCGAGGAACGGCUGCGCCGCUCGUUCCUGCUCUGCUCCCUGCCUCCCAGCUUGGCGGGGGCCCGGAAGCUCCUGGAGACCAUCUUUCUGAGCUCGAAGCCCUGGCGGCCAGGGGCUCCCGGCAGGACGCGCCGCCUGCCCGCCCGCUACUGGCAGAUGAGGCCCCUGUUCCGGGAGCUGCUUGAGAACCAUGCGCGAUGUCCCUACCAAGCACUGCUCAGGGCGCACUGCCCGCUGCGGACCGAGGCCACCUGGGCAGGGUCAGGCAUCCCGGAGCGCAAUGGGGUGGACACCUGCACCCUGGAGAGGCCCACGGCAGCCCCGGAGGGGCACACCGGCCCGCGGUGCCUGGUCCAGCUGCUCCGCCAGCACAGCAGCCCCUGGCAGGUGUACGCGCUCCUGCGAGCCUGUCUUCACAGGCUGGUGCCUGCUGGCCUCUGGGGCUCCAGGCACAACCAGCGCCGCUUUAUGAGGAACGUUAAGAAGCUAGUCUCCCUGGGAAAGCACGCCAAGCUGUCGCUGCAGGAGCUGACGUGGAAGAUGAAAGUGCAGGACUGCACCUGGCUGCGCAGGAGCCCAGGAGCUGGCUGCGUCCCGGCUGAGGAGCACCGUCUGAGAGAGGCCGUCCUGGCCAAGUUCCUGUGCUGGUUGAUGGGCACAUAUGUGGUCGAGCUGCUCAGGGCGUUCUUUUAUGUCACGGAGACCACGUUUCAGAAGAACCGGCUCUUCUUCUUCCGGAAGAGCGUCUGGACCCAGCUGCAAAGCAUCGGCAUCAGACAACACUUAGAUCGCGUGCGGCUUCGAGAACUGUCGGAAGCCGAGGUCAAGCGACACCAGGAGGCCAGGCACGCUCUGCUGACAUCCAGACUCCGCUUCCUCCCCAAGCCCAGCGGGCUGCGGCCAAUUGUGAACAUGGACUACGUCGCGGGAGCCAGGACCGCCCCCCGGGACAAGAAGGUCCAGCACCUCUCCUCCCGGGUCAAGACCCUGUUUGCUGUUCUGAACUAUGAGCGGACGCGGCGCCCGGGCCUCCUGGGGGCCUCCGUGCUGGGCGUGGACGACGUCUACAGGGCCUGGCGAGCCUUCGUGCUGCCCCUGAGGGCCCGGCACCCAGCACCCCCUCUGUACUUCGUCAAGGUGGACGUGACGGGGGCGUACGACGCCCUCCCUCAGGACAGGCUGGUGGAGGUGAUCGCCAAAGUGAUCCGGCCCCAGGAGAGCACGUACUGCGUGCGCCGAUAUGCUGUGGUCCAGAGGGCCACCCGCGGACACGUCCGGAAGUCCUUCAAGAGACACGUUUCCACCCUUGCGGACCUCCAGCCGUACAUGAGACAGUUUGUGGAGCAUCUGCAGGCCACCAGCUCGCUGAGGGACGCCGUGGUCAUCGAGCAGAGCUACUGUCUGAAUGAGACCGGCUGCAGCCUCUUCGAGUCCUUCCUGCGCCUGGUGCACAACCAUGUCAUGAGGAUUGGGGGCAGGUCCUACGUCCAGUGUCAGGGGGUCCCCCAGGGCUCCGUGCUGUCCACCCUGCUCUGCAGCCUGUGCUAUGGAGACAUGGAGGACAAGGUCUUCCCCGGAGUGCAGCAGGAUGGGGUCCUCCUGCGCUUGGUGGACGACUUCCUGCUGGUCACACCCCACCUGACGCGUGCGAAGGCUUUUCUCAGCACCCUGGUCAGAGGCGUGCCCGAGUACGGCUGCCUGGCGAACCUGCGCAAGACGGUGGUGAACUUCCCCGUGGAAGACGGCGCCCUGGGCGGCCAGGCCCCCCUCCAGCUGCCGGCACACUGCCUGUUCCCCUGGUGCGGCUUGCUGCUGGACACCCAGACCCUGGAGGUGCGCAGUGACUACUCCAGUUACGCCCGGACCUCGAUCAGAGCGAGUCUCACCUUCAACCAGGGCUUCAAGGCUGGAAGGAACAUGCGCCGCAAACUCUUCGCGGUCUUGCGGCUGAAGUGCCACGGCCUCUUUCUGGACCUGCAGGUGAACAGUCUCCAGACAGUUUUCACAAACGUUUACAAGAUAUUCCUGCUGCAGGCAUACAGGUUCCACGCGUGCGUGCUGCAGCUGCCCUUUAAUCAGCCGGUUAGGCGGAAUCCCGCGUUCUUCCUCCGGGUGGUCUCCGACACCGCAUCCCGCGCCUACUCCCUCUUGAAAGCCAGGAACUCAGGGACAUCACUGGGGGCCCAGGGCGCCUCAGGCCCGUUUCCUUUGGAAGCUGCACAGUGGCUCUGCCUGCAUGCCUUCCGGCUCAAGCUGGCUGGUCACCACAUCACCUACAGCUGCCUGCUGGGGCCGCUCCGGGCAGCCAGCGCACAGCUGUGCCGGCGGCUCCCGAGGGCCACACUGGCCGCCCUGGAAGCAGCCGUUGACCCUGCCCUGACCGCAGACUUUAAGACCAUCUUGGACUGACAGUCAGCCCUCCUUGCAGCCCGAAGCCCCAGAGCCCCGUUCCACCCGAUGCCAUAUCCUGGAGGGGGCCAGCUGCACUGCGAGGUAGGGGUCUCCCUGGAGACCCUGGGGGAGGUUCGGCCCCCAAGUCCUCAGGAAAGCAGGGCCUGCGCACCAUGACCCCCAGCGACUGGGGCCCACCCUUCACCUGCUGACCUCCGGGAGGAGGCAAGUGGGAGAGCCUGGCUGGGGCAUUGGCAUCUGGACAGGGAGUGUUGGGGACACUUGUCACUCACUUCUCCUGGUCUGCAGUGAUGGCACGUGUGUCCCCAAGGGCACGGGGAGGCCUGCAGGGGCUCGGUGGUGGGCGUGGGCUCCUGCCGACCCGUGUGGCACCCCGGCUUGAGCCGUCCUCCUGCCCCAGGAGCAGCACCUGCCCCCCACCCCCACCCCUGCCCCCGCCCCCACCAGCUGCAUCCAAAGUUCACGCCCCACUGAACUUUCCCCAGAAGCAAAUGGGCCCAGUCAGCUGUUUGAGGCCUGUCCUCACCCGGCCUUGCCCUGGCCUCUGGCCUGGCCCGUCCCCCACCCCCACUUCCUGACUCUUCCAUGCUGGUCCUCGCUCAGCACGGGCCCCAGGUCCUCCUGGUGGUGCUCCGCCACACCUCCUAGCCCCCACGCCUCACCCCAGUGAGGAAGAUAGUGAACCUCUAUUUGUGUAGUUUUAAAUUUUUCUCGGUCUUUGCAUUAAAUU